GGCGUAGAAGCCCCCAGUCCUAUGGCUUCUUCAAACAUUAUGUCAAACAUUUCUGGUACUGGAUUAGGCAGUUGGAAUAGUCUUCCUCAAGAGAGACUAAGUAGAACUCCUGGGAUGCCGAUGGACUGGCAAGGUGCACCAGCAAGCCCUAGUUCAUACACUGUUAAGAGGAUCUCGCGUCUUGAAAUUCCUGUCAAUACAUAUCCAAAUUUCAAUUUUGUUGGACGACUUCUAGGGCCUAGAGGCAAUUCAUUGAAGCGGGUAGAAGCUACUACUGGUUGCCGUGUAUACGUCAGAGGCAAAGGAUCAAUAAAGGAUCCAGACAAGGAAGAGCAGCUCAGAGGUAGACCUGGCUAUGAGCACCUGAAUGAGCCACUCCACAUCUUAAUUGAAGAUGAUUUACCGGCUAAUGUUGUCGAUAUAAGGCUUAGGCAGGCUCAAGAAAUCGUGGAAGAAUUACUGAAACCUGGGGUAUGUGUUGCUAUCUUGUUCUCCUAUUUUUGUUAGCUAUAGCCAUAGGUU